GCGACGCUGCUCGGAAGUGAUAACGUGUUUGGUGUCCCCUUUCCUUAGGAGGAUGAGAGUUAAGAAAAAUGAACUGUGCUUAUUGCUCUUAAUUUUUACUGGAGUGAUUUCAAGUGUAGAAUGUGUGGAGCAGCAUAAUGAUGCUCAGAUGAGUUUGAAAACAUCGGAAGAAAUUUCCUUAUUGGAACCAUUGCAGUUUCAGAGGGUAGAUAAUGUGAAAACUAAAGGCCGUGAUCUAGAUCAAUCAACAGAUGAGCCACCUGAGGAAGUGAGCCCGGAAAAUGGAAGCAGUAAUUUAGUUAUCGAACCGGGUGUCGGAGUUUUGGAAUCAUUCCAACAAGCAUUGAAUAACAUCUUGAGUUCUACCACACCUACACCGACAGUAGAUGUCUUUGCGCCUCAGAGCUUAUUAGAACAACUUGGAAUUCCUGGACCAGAACCAGUUGAUCCAACAUCAGCUCCAGAAGAGACAGUGCCUAGUAAGGAAACGAGAAGUUCACCCAGAAGCGCUGUUGAAACAUCAGUCGAUGCCGAUAAAUAUUCAACUAGCCGUAUGAGCCGUCCAGCGCCUUCAGAAGUGCCGCGUGACAAUUUGUUCCAAAUAGUGGGGACACAAUUUGCUAACGUACUCGAAAGCAAUAGCGGCCAACAAUUUCAAAACGUAACAUCGCAGAUAGCUGGAGGAAUUACAAAUGCAACGAAUGCUUUUACGGGGUCAAGUAACAGUGGAAUUGGCACAGGUAUUCAAAGUCAGUUGCAACAACUUAUCAAUAGUAUAGGACCGUCUUCAGACAGCAAACCAACUAACAGUCAAUCAGACAGUCCUUCGCCAGGCAUCCCUCAAGACAGCAUAUUUCAACAAUUGGGAUCGCAAGUCACUAACCCUUUUGGUAUCAACGCAGCGAAUGGUAGUUCAAUUACCAACCCUCUACAGCCCGUUACUUCACAACUUGGAACCAUUGGAAACCAGUUCGCAGGGGCUAUUCCGAAUGCAACAAACUUAAUUGUAGGGACAAACGGUGCAGAUAUUCAAAGCCAAUUGCAACAGCUGAUCAAUAUUGUAGGACCCAACCGAACUAAACCACAAUCCGAUAGUCUACCUCCAGGCGUUUCACAAGAUUCCUUCUUUCAACAAUUAGGUUCACAGUUCAACAAUUUCUUCAGCACAAACAACAGUGCCGCUUCGAAUCCAUUAGGAAGUAUCGCUUCACAAUUUCAAAAUGUGAGUUCCCAGAUUGCUGGAGGUAUUACCAACGUAUCAAACACCUUCACCGGAUCUAGCAACAGUGCCAACAACACAGCAACAGAUCCUUUUGGAGUCUUUACUUCACAGUUUCAGAAUGUAGGAACGCAAAUCACUGGAGGUAUAACCAACGUUACCAACGCAUUUACUGGAUCCAGCAAUACCGGAAAUAGUUCGUCAUUCCUUACAUCAUUGCAAAACCAACUCCUGAGUUUGCCUGGAAACACAUCGUCAACCAGUCCUCCAACAACAAAUGAAUCGUCAACUGAAGCCAGCAGUUCAGCCUCAACCAGCAGUCCAAACAGUGAAUAUUCAACCGAUUCCAGCACGACUCAACCAGCUAAUGACCCGAUCUUUCCGGGAAUCUUGCAGCCGAUAACCAUUCCCUUCGGAAACAACGGUGCAAAUCAGAGUUCCAGUUCGUCUCCUUUUAAUCAAAUUCAAAACAUUGGCUCACAGUUCGUCACAGGAUUUUCAAAUGCCACAUCAGGUUUGUUUCCCAAUACCCCAAUAGGCGUACCCAACACAACUGCAGAGCUUCAGAACCUUGUAAACCAGCUGAGUCCAUCGUCCUUAUCUCAAACUUCGAACCAAGUUGUGGAUGCUUUGAAACCAAGCUCAGUUCAGGGUCAGCUCCAAGGAAUUGGCUCACAGUUGGAAGCCAACAUUCCGAACGUUUCCAACGAUGCAGGGAUACUCAAUUCAUUAAUACCGAACAUUUUGAACUGGAACAGUGUUAGCGACCUUCUUCUACCGUCUAGUUUGCUAACAUCGUCCAAUAAUAAUCUAAACCCACUUCCUCUACCAUUCCUGUGCCCGGUUUGUACACCGGUUUGCGGAAAAGCUAAUCCACAUGCUCGUGUAGCUGGAGGAGUAGAGUUAACUCCCAGCAACAAGUACCCGUGGACUGCCCGUAUUAUGUACUUUGGCACCGAUGUUGGUCAAGGAACGCUUAUCAACGAUCGAGCUGUAGUCACCACUGCAACCAUUGUCAAAUCCAUUCCCAUCUAUACGGCCGUAACGGUGCUAUUCAACGUUUUCGAUAAAACCGCUACCACUGAACAACGCCUGGAGAGAAGAGUUGCAAACGUUUACACUCCUUUACUCUACAACCCUGCCAAUAUCUACGAUUACAACAUUGGCAUAAUUCGGCUGGCGACACCAGUUACCUUCAGCACUACAUUUAUGCCGAUUUGCCUGCCAAAGUAUUACGAUUCGAUUGGGGGCACCAGUGGGACACUGGUCGGAUGGGGCGCCCAAACUCCUACAGGUGCAGGUUCCAACAAACCACGGGAAGUGUCCAUCCCGCUUUACACUGACAGAGAAUGUCAGCUGUCGAAUUCAAGGCUGACGUCCAACAAUCUGUGCGGUGGAGUAAUCAAGCCUGCUUCAGACGCAUUUAUUAAGGCCACCUGCAAGGGUGACGAUGGAGCUGCCCUAAUGUAUCCAUCGCGUACCGACGCUACGGUCCUAACUCUGCUGGGUGUCGCCAUCGAUGUCCCGAACCAAGGUUGUGGAGAAACAAAUCAGUUGUCGGUGUUUAGCAAAGUUUACAAUAAUCUGGACUUCAUUGUUCUAUUCGGCUCUGGUUGCGGCUGCUAGAUCGUAGACUAUAAAUGCUGAUUAGACAUAUAGUUUUGAAAGUUAAAUGAAAAAUGAGAUGAUAUUUUGAUGAAAAAAAA